GUUUUGCCACUCUUCAAAUCUCUAGAUCGAACUGACGGGCACCACUCUCUGGUCCUGACCAAAGGAUUUCGCCCAGAUUCUUGCCCUGUACCUCAUGCAUGCUGCUGAAAUACAGUGCAUCUCCACUGCUUGUCAAGGCCCAGCCGGACUUGCUGAACUCUCUUCCGCAGGGGAGUCGUGACGAGCUUCUACAGCACAUCCACGAACUCUUGGAGGGUGCCCGGCGGCAGAAGUGGCUUGUGAUCUUCACAGGUUUGCGCUUCAAGUCGGGCUAUGCAGGGGUUCCUCGUCGGCACAGAGUGUUUGGAGGAUUGCAACGCAUGAAUGCUGCCCAGGGCGAUGAGCGCGUUCAUUGGUUCAUGGAGGGCUUCCAAGGGGCUGAGAUUGUGCGAGAUCUAGCUCCUCAAGAGGGCGAGACCGUGCUGUGGCGCCAACGAAUGCGUCACGAUAGCAGUCUCGUUGACACUUUGAAAGCGAAGAAUGUGACCAAAGUGGCACUUGCAGGGUUGAAGACGGGGCAAGGUCUCUUGGCAGCUGCAGAGCUGCUAGCUGAUGAGGGGCUGUUGCUUUACGUGGCGCGCGAGUGCGUUGCUGAUGACAAGGUGGAGCGAGGUGAGGCUGUGCUGCAACACGUCCUUCCCCACCUGGCUGAUGUGUUGAGUUUUGAAGAUUUGAGGACGCAGCUAGCACACGAGAUAAUGAUGGACAUGUUUGUCGAGUUCAAAACAGUGAAACGUGCUGGUUAGCAAAGUCGCGUGUGUUUUAAGAUAUGACUCUGCCAAAGUGCCGCUGUUCGCCAGAAA